AUGAUUGAUGAAUCAAACAGGAGCUGUUUUAGCUAUGUCUUUCUUCUUUGCCUUUUGCUCUGUCGUUAUACUUGUUCACAAAAGACUUGUCCAAACUGUGGUUCUAUGACAGUUCCGUAUCCUUUGAGUAUAGAAUCGAACUGUGGCGAUCCGUACUAUAGGCUUCGCUGUGAUCCUCGUAAUCGAAAGCUUUACUUUGACACUCUCAAUGGAGGUUCGUAUGUUGUAAUCAGAAUCAUGUCUUCGAUCCAGCGCAUGGUGGUGCAGGCACCACCUUGGUUACCUGGUUCAUGUGUCACACAAGACAUGCUGGUAAGUAAUGGUAUUUGGUUAAAUCAGUCGCUUCCUUUCAACAUAACUUCGUCAAACACCGUGUUCCUCUUCAACUGUUCCCCUCGCCUCUUGGUUUCUCCUCUUAACUGCACUUCUUCUAGUAUCUGUCAUCGUUACUUGGAAAAUUCGGGUCAUGUUGAUGGAAAGCGAGCGCAUGAGUGUGCGAGUGGUCUUCGCCCCUGUUGCACUUUUGUUGCUGGUGGCAUGCCUUCCGCUUACAAGAUUCGCCUUCACAGUUCCGGUUGCAAAGCGUUCAGAAGCAUCCUUCAUUUGGACCAAGACAAAUCUCCUAGUCAGUGGGAGGAAGGUCUAGAGAUUCAAUGGUCUCUUCCACCCGAACCUGUUUGCAGAACACAAAACGAUUGUUCUAGAGACUCUAAGUGUUCAUCUUCUGGUAGAGACAAACUCUUCCGCUGUCUUUGUAAUCGAGGAUUCCAUUGGAACCCUUCUGCAGCAACAUGUGAAAAAUACAAGAGAAAAUCCAAAUGGAAAACCAGUUUGAUUGUCUCAAUAGCGGUUAUUUCUUUUUUCUCAUUCGCGGUGGUUCUUGUUGUAAUCACAAAGUCCUUCAAUCACUCUAAGCUCGCCAAGGAAAGAGAAACUGCUAUGAAAUCAAGCAUUGGAGUGGAGAAGCCUUACAAAAUGUUUCAACUGAAAGAGUUGAAGAAAGCGACAAAAUGUUUUUCGCACGACAGGAUCUUAGGAAGUGGCGGCUUCGGGGAAGUUUACAAAGGCGAACUACAAGACGGAACACUUGUGGCUGUCAAGAAAGCUAGAGUUGGCAACCUUAAAAGCACACAACAAGUGCUUAAUGAAGUUUCAAUUCUUUCUCAAGUCAAUCACAAGAACCUAGUCAGACUUUUAGGCUGCUGUGUGGAAUCUGAGCAACCAUUGAUGAUCUAUGAGUAUAUCUCGAACGGGACUCUCUACGACCAUAUUCAUGGUAGGUAUCCAAGUUUUCUCGACUGGAAAAAACGGCUGAAGAUUGCUUUUCAAACAGCUGAAGCAUUGGCUUAUUUGCAUUCUUCUGCACACACUCCUAUCUACCAUAGGGAUGUUAAGUCAACAAAUAUACUACUAGACGACGAAUUCGACGCCAAAGUUUCCGAUUUCGGACUCUCCAGAUUGGCUAACCCGGGACUUAGUCAUGUGUCUACCUGUGCUCAGGGAACACUAGGGUACUUGGAUCCUGAAUACUAUCGCAACUACCAGUUAACAGAUAAAAGUGAUGUUUAUAGCUAUGGAGUUGUUCUGCUAGAGCUUUUGACAUCAAAGAAAGCGAUAGACUUUUCUCGUGAUCAAGACGACGUUAACCUCGUAAUUCAUGUGAGUCAAUAUGCAAACAAUGGUGAAAUCAUGCAAGUGGUUGAUCAAAGGCUUGUUCUAUCUAUGGAACCCUUGAGUGGUAAAUUGAUUACAAGCAUCAAACUCUUUUGGGAGCUUGCACAUGAUUGUCUUAAAGAGAAGAGAGUUGAAAGGCCUUGUAUGAGGGAUAUUGUUGAAAGACUCUUAUGCAUAAUUAGGAUUGAAGAUCAAGAGUGA